ACGGCAUUGUUUUUGGCAUGAAAUUAGUUAAUGGGGAAAGAAAACAUGAUACGGGGUGGUGACAAAGAAAGCUGAGUGAAACGCUCGCAGACUUGAGAGGUGAACGACGCUGUUGUUGUGAGUUUCUUCUUCUUGCUCUCUCUCUCUCUCUCUCUCUCUCAUCAAAUUCAAUACUCUCUCUCUCUCUCUUGGGUUUUCGUCUUCGAUUCCGUUGUAGUACCUGAUUUUUCUUUCAGCCAGAGAUUAAUUAUUAUUUAAACCUCAAGACUGCUUGAAACCAACUAUUGGUCUGUUGCAAAAUCCUCUGGAUGCAAGAUGAAUGAUGACCGUGAAUAUGAAAACGGUAGGCAUAAGAUGGAAUACUACAGAGGAGCACAUUCCCUGUGGAAUACGGACCCCCAGCAUCAAGUAAAGGAACAAAAUGCCCUAGUUAUGAAUAAAAAAAUUAGGUCCAUUAUGGCUGAAAGGCAGGCUGCCAUUCUGGAACUUGAACUAGAGGCUGCUAUAUCAGAAAAGAACGAAGCCUUGGCUGCUCGAGAUGCAGCCCUUCGGCAGAGGGAUGAAGCACUUGCUCAGAGGGAUAGUGCUCUAUUGGAACGGGAUAAUGCCCUUGCAGCCCUUCAAAGUCGGAGUAAUUCCGUCAACUUUCCAUUCAAUGGUGGGUCGAAGCGGAUGCACCAUUCUUCCAACCAUCUAUCCGACAUGACAGAAGCAGCAUAUGGCUCAAAGGAUAUAAUAAUAAGAGACGCCUCUCCGGUUACUGUUAUAACUUCUGAAGCUGUCAAAUCUCAUCUAGCUAAGAGGUCAAAGGGGAACAAGGUAUCAAAACCACCUACCAAAGUAAAGAAAAUGGGUGAGGAUUUAAAUAGGAAGGCUUAUUCUGAAGGUACAAAGAUCAAAUCUGAAUGGGAUAGGCAGGAUGUCGGGUUGAAUUUGGUUGCUUUCGAUGAAACUAUCAUGCCUGUCCCAGUUUGCACGUGCACCGGAGUACCACGACAGUGCUACAAAUGGGGGAAUGGUGGAUGGCAAUCAUCUUGUUGUACUACUACAUUGUCGAUGUAUCCACUACCACAGCUUCCAAACAAGCGGCACGCUCGCAUUGGAGGGCGGAAAAUGAGCGGCAGUGUUUUUACUAGACUUCUCAGUAGGUUGGCAUCAGAAGGCCAUGAUGUAUCUAUACCAUUGGAUCUUAAAGAAUACUGGGCCAGACAUGGAACAAAUCGCUACAUUACAAUCAAGUAGCUUCCUGACAUUCAUUUGUUUCGAGUUAUGUGUUCCGUUUUUAGACCACCCUAUCACGAGCUGUAAUUGAAACCAUGCCUUGGUGAGCACGAUAUGCUUGAAUUGUGUGCAUGCAGGUGAUUUUUCAAUACAUGGCUGUUCUCCUUGCUUAUUUCCAGUUACUGGUAUGGCUAGACCCCAUUUUGAUCCUUUCAAAUGGUAUGGCUGUAAAUUAUGUGUAUGUAUGUUGUAUGCACAUGUGGCUUUGUAGGUGGCACACAUUUGGUUCCUGCAUGUUUUCACCUUUUUUUCUGUACAUUAUGAAUCCUUUGCUUAGGAAACUUUCCCCCCUCAGAUAGAUCUCUUUAUUUUUCCACAUUUAUAAAAUUCAAUGGUGGGAAAUUUUCCACUUCCCUUUGGAAUCAAAAA